CAGAAACGGAGGGUUGAAUCUUUCCUCCUCGGCUGGGCGGUGGGAGGAGGUGGUGGACGGUGUUUAAAGGGGAUAAUCUGAGCUUGAAGGUGGGGGACCAGGAGCUCCGGCUGCUGCUGUAACCCCAGACAGCAUCAACAUGGAGCUGGAGAACAUCGUAGCCAACACGGUGCUGCUGAAAGCACGGGAAGGAGGCGGCGGAAACCGUAAAGGAAAAAGCAAGAAAUGGAAGCAGCUGCUGCAGUUCCCGCACGUAAGUCUGUGUGAAGAGCUGCGACAAAGCACAGAGAAGGACUACAGCAGCCUCUGUGAGCGGCAGCCUAUCGGACGCUUACUGUUCCGACAGUUCUGCGAGACUCGACCUGAACUGAGACGCUGCGUCAAGUUCCUGGACGCUGUGGCGGAGUACGAGGUGACUCCAGAUGAGAAGAGGAAGGAGUGUGGUCAGGAACUCCUCGAUAAAUACUUCAACCCAAAGUCGGAUGACCACGUGCCUGAGGUGGAGGAGGCCAUGAUGGCUCAGUGCACCGAGAGGCUGCAGCAGGAGGCCUGCAAAGAGCUCUUCAAGGACUGUACCAAAUUGAUCCACGAUUACCUGAGCGUGGCGCCCUUCGCAGACUACCUCGACAGCAUGUACUACAACAGGUUCCUCCAGUGGAAAUGGCUGGAGAGGCAACCAGUGACAAAAAACACAUUCAGACAGUACAGAGUUUUAGGGAAAGGAGGCUUUGGAGAGGUGUGCGCGUGUCAGGUACGGGCCACAGGGAAAAUGUACGCCUGUAAGAAACUGGAGAAGAAGAGGAUAAAGAAGAGGAAAGGAGAGUCCAUGGCGCUCAAUGAGAAACAGAUCCUGGAGAAAGUCAACAGCAGAUUUGUAGUGAGUUUAGCGUACGCCUACGAGACGAAGGACGCUCUGUGCCUUGUGUUGACCCUCAUGAACGGGGGAGACCUGAAGUUUCACAUCUAUCACAUGGGCGAGGCGGGUUUCGACGAGAAGAGAGCCGUCUUCUACUCUGCAGAGAUCUGCUGCGGGCUGGAGGACCUGCACCGAGAACGCAUCGUCUACAGGGACCUAAAGCCAGAAAACAUCCUGCUGGAUGACCACGGCCACAUCAGGAUAUCAGACCUGGGCUUAGCGGUUCAUGUACCAGAGGGACAGACCAUCAAGGGACGGGUGGGAACAGUAGGAUACAUGGCUCCGGAGGUGGUGAAAAACGAACGGUACACCUUCAGCCCUGACUGGUGGGCGCUGGGCUGCCUGCUCUACGAGAUGAUCGAGGGCCAGUCUCCCUUCCAGCAGAGGAAGAAGAAGAUCAAGAGGGAGGAAGUGGAGCGGUUGGUGACGGAUGUGGAGGAGGAAUAUUCCAGCAAGUUCUCCGAGGACGCCAAGUCCCUCUGUAAAAUGCUUCUCGCCAAAGAUCCCAAAGAGAGGCUGGGCUUCCAGGGGGGCGGAGCCUCUGAGGUCAAAGCCCAUCCCAUCUUCCGCUCCAUCAACUUCAAACGCCUUGAGGCCGGCAUGCUGCAGGCACCCUUCAUUCCUGAUCCGCAGGCCAUCUACUGUAAAGACGUGCUGGACAUCGAGCAGUUCUCCACAGUGAAAGGAGUAGAGCUGGAGCCAAAGGACGAGUCCUUCUACAGCAAAGUGUCCACGGGCAGCGUCUCCAUUCCCUGGCAGAAUGAGAUGAUCGAGACGGAGUGUUUCGCAGAGCUGAAUGUUUUCUACCAGGACGGUGCGGUUCCCCCUGACCUGGACUGGAGGGGACAGCCGUCUCCUCCACCCAAACAGGGACUCCUGCAGCGGCUGUUCGGCCGUCAGGACUGCUGUGGUAACUGCAGUGACAGUGACGAGGAGCCCACCAGGCUGUGACACACACACACACACACACACACACACUCUCAUUUGUUUACAACUUUUGCACAUUUGUAUUUUUAGGAUAGUACUAUCUCUAAAUGUCAGAAUGUAUAUUUUCAGCAUAGCCAUAAUGUUUAAUGUUAUUUAAAAUGUGUGAAAUAUCGGCUGUCGACGCGUUCCAAACGAGGAGACGGGAUCUUACAGAAGAUGAACAGAUGUUUUGUUUUUGUUUGUUUUUUUUGUCGAGGGAAUGCUUUGCUUUCACGUUCAUCCACUUACUCAUGUUCACAUUACUGAUCUGGGAGCUGCUGCUGUCUACUCAGAAGCUCCACCGGAACAAUCACCUGGUGUAAAAGUGCCUUGCUCAAGGGCACCGUGGCAGUGGUUAACUAAGGGAGGACUAAGCAUUCCUCGAUCUCUUUACCUUUCCCAACUUCGUCCAGGGAACCAAACAAGUGACUUUCAGUUCAUAAACUGUGACCACUUUUCUUCUUCCGCCCUCCAUUCUGCUCAGACCAACCUCAACUCUAUUUUCAGCUUUAGUUUUCUUCUAUUUAAUUCUUUCUUAAAAGUGUGAUUUUUUAAAUUUUUGCUUAGACAUUUUGGUUUUUGAAAUGGUGACGCCAGGGCCAUUAAGUUGUCUACAUGUGCGGAUAUUUUUUAUAUCAAUAAUAUUAUUAAUAUUUUUUAAUUUUUGCGAUUAUUGAGACAAUCGACUUGUCGUGUCAGUGUGACUCCAGUUACUCUCGUCAGUUCAGUGCCAGUUUUGGAAUGUGACUGUAAAAAGGUAUUUUACAGAAACUCUGAGAGUUAAGUUCAUAAUUUUCAUGCUCUGAUUAUACAAAUUGCUUGUACAUGCUUGUGCCUUUUUGAUACUCCUUUAUUUUCUCCCAUGUUUGGUCCACAGUGAACAACUCACACAUGUUAUGUUGAUGCUGCAAUGAAGGAAGUAUCCAUUCACUGUUUCUUUAUACCAAUAUACUACAGUAUAUUUAUACAAACAUAUAUGAACAUUACAUUUUUAGCAAAGUCAGUAAUCCAAAAAAAAUAAUACACAAGGACGACGGGGUGGUAAUCAGCUGUUAAGUGUCCGGUGAUAAAGGCUGCCCAGCACACCUGAUCAUGAAUAUGAUGAAUGACCACUGAUUGUGAAGCAUGAAUGAAGUAUCUGGUGCCAAGUUUAGAUAUUUUUUAUGUAUUUAAAGCCUUUAUUCAUCAUUGGACAGCUUGAGUGUGACAGGAGAUGUGGGAGAGAGAGGAAGCAAGCAGGAAAAGGCCCCGGGUCGGUUUUACACGGGACGUGCGCAUUAGCGAUGAGCUAGCCAGCAUAAUUUAAGUGGUCUACCCAAUCUAAUGCUAUGCUAGGUUAAUUAAUGUAUUUUACAAAAUACUUUAUGGGCUCAAAUUAUCAAAAAUAUUUGGGUAAUUGUGUGUACAUUUUGGCUUUACGGACUAUUUAUGGACAGCAGAAAUCAAAGCUCUUGUCCAACAGCUUUGCUUUUGCAGCUUGUUUGAGCAGCAGACACUAACUACACCAUGAGUGCAUACAUUUACCAGAAUAUGGCAGUACUAAGUCUAACGCAGGGGUUCUGGUCCAAGUCAAGUACGGUCUGUCCAUUCAGAAAAGAAGAUUUUAAUCCUCCCCAAAAAAGGGGGUUUGUUUAACUUGAAAACAUGAAUUUUUUUCCCCCCAACUUUUCAAAUAUACCUCCCCCAAAAAAACAAAGAACAUCAAACUUUCUAUGUCUGUAUACUGACCAGGGGCCAGUUCCACAAACGUGAUUUGCUGGCUCACUUCGUAUCUUGUAUGGUUCAGUGUGUUGCUCGAGGAAACUUUGACAUGCGGACGGGAGAACCGAGGGGAUUGAACUGCCAACCCUGUGAGGUCAACACUCUCCACAAACUGAGCUACACGACGCAAACCUGUAUUAGUGUUUAACAGCCGUACAACUUGCAAUCUAAAAUCGGUCAAUGAUCAGAAAAGAAUGAAUCAAGACAGCAUUCAGUGGUCAUUGUCAUUUAUUAUUAUUUACUUAUAAUUAUUACAGAUACAAUUUGAGUCUGUAAGCAAGCCAUAGGUUUGUUUUUCUGCUGUCUCUCAGGGUUUCUGUAGAAUUUAAUUCUUUUUCCUUUACUUUGCUCUGAUCAUAAGAUGGAUUUACAUUUGCCCUGCCAGUAGACUACUUUGUGUGUGGUAGUAACAAUGCAAGGAAAAAGUCCAAAGUUUUGUCUGUCCAGAUCUGCCGCAGGCUGCAUCCUAGGCUGAUCAGGUGAUUAAAAUCACAUCAAAGGCAACGACAAGAGUAACUGAAGCUUUUUGGGUCAAACCCUUCGUCGAACAGAGACUGAAGCUGGUCUUUUCAUCACUGCAGUGAAAUGCCUCAGCUGGUACUGUUGCAGUCAAUGGCUUCCUCAAAACAUAUGGCCUCUGAUUUUAAGCUAUUAAAAUUAAAUACCUCUGAAUGUAUCAAUGGCUCUCAUGUUAUUUCUGUAGACUGAUAUUUGAGAAGGCAGAAAACAGAAACCAUUUUUCCCUGCUGAUAAAUAUGACAACCAUGCAUUCAUAAAUGUGUGAAAUUUUUCUGGUUUGAGAAUUUGUCCAAAAUGAACCAAAUAGUGAUGUUUCAGCUACAUUUAAUAAGCUGAAGUGAGGUUGAGUCGUGUUUAAAAUGUUGUUUGCCAUUCUAAAAGUUUCUCAGUUGCCUUCUGUGGUGUCAAGCCAUUCAGAUAAUAGAAACAUAGAUUUGACAAUUGCUCUUCCUUUGGAUCCUGAACUGGUGGUAGACAAGAAUCCCAGCAUGAAUUUGUAAUCAAGAAAAUUCCCCGGCGGGAAAUCAUUUAGAUUUAUUCUUUAACAUUUGCUCUGAGAUUUUCAGAGAUGGCUGGCUGGUGAUUUAACAUAGCCACUAAUGUCUCUGUAACAUUUGAAAAAUAACUGAGAAUUCACUUUACAAGAAAAGUUCUUGUCGCAGGUUUGGACUUACUAAAAAUCUGCAUUGAGAGGCCAAACUGCUGUGAGCACUGCAAAUGAAAACUUGCCACAUGAAACAAUCUGCAAGGGUAUCUGAGAAUUAUGUGUUUUAAUACAGUCUAGGGCUGCAUCUAAUUAUUUUUUUUUCAAUAUCACUAAUCUGCUGAUUACUUCGCAAUUGAUCAAGUCAUUGUUUUUGUCUAUAAAAUGUCAGAAAAUACUGUAAAUCGACGUUAUAAACGUCCUCAAAUGUCUUCUUUUUGUCUGACCAACAGUCCAAACACCCAAAAUAUUUACUUUACUGCCAUAUGUGACAAAGAAAUUUAUCAAAUGUGGUUUUUGUGAAUUCUGGUGUCAGAAAAGGCCUUUUGAUGAGCAACAGAUGGAUUUAUUGGUUAAGUUUCUUUGGAUAAAUCAGAGACAAAGUUUUUAUUGAAGCACUUAACGAGUUAAUUAAAACCAAACCAGUUAUCCAUAGAAGAUGACAAAGUCCAAGGUGCCUUUUGGUGUUUGAAGGUACUCCUCCAGCCUGUAGUCGCCUCUUUUUAUACAUACUGUAUGUGUCUGUACAUGUGCUCGUGCAAAGCCUGCUGCUGCGUCAGCUUCAGUUCACUUCCUGUCUGUGGUAUUCUGAGCGUUCGUUGGCAGAACCGUCGCUCUGGACGAUGAGACUGAAAGAAUCCCAGCCCUGAAAGACUUCUGUCCACCCUCCUUCCCCCGACCUCUGAACUCUGGAGUCUCUGCGGUGAUUUUUAUAAAGACUGAGAGGUCAAAGGGGGAAGUUGAGGAGAAGAGCUUGGCAACAUUCACCGUGGACGCUUAAAUCAGGACUCAACUGCUGUCAGAUAACCACUGUCUUCAAUGUUUCCUUUGUGUGAAAGAUUGAGUCAACACUGUAAUCAGCCUUAAAUAUAAAUCCUGUUUAUUUCAAA